AUGUCGUCGACUCAACUUGAUCAUAAUAAAAAAACUAUCGUUGUCGUUGGACUUGGAAUGGUUGGAUUGAAUUUCAUUGAAAAAUUAGUACAAUACGAAGGAAAUAAACAAUAUAAUAUUGUAUCAUUUUGUGAAGAACCAAUAGUCGCAUAUAAUCGCGUUGGAUUGACUCAAUACUUUACACAUAGAUCAAGUGAAAGAUUGAUCAUGCAGCCAUUUGAUUGGUACCAAAAAAACAACAUUCAACUUUUCAUGGAAGACAAAGUUGUUAAAAUCGACAACUCAUCAAGACAAGUCAUCUCCUCAAAAGGCAACGUGAUAAAUUAUGACAAAUGUGUUAUAGCAACUGGUUCGUAUGCUUGGCGACCCCCGAUAAAAAACAUUGACAAGACGGGUGUUUUUGUUUAUCGUACAAUAGAUGACUUGAACGAUAUCAUCGCCUACUCUGAAAAUUGUAAAACAUCGGCAGUGAUUGGUGGUGGUCUGCUUGGUUUAGAAGCUGCAAAGGCGUUAAUGGAUUUGGGAUUGAAAGUCACGAUCCUCGAAAGAAAUCCUAGAUUGAUGGCUAGACAACUGGAUAAAAAGGGUGGAAAGAUGUUGGCCAAUGAGAUUGCCAAAUUGAAUAUCGAAUCUUGGGUGAGCAAUGGACCAAAAGAAAUAAUCGUGGAUGAUAACAACAAAACAAAGGGGGUUUUAUUUGAGGAUGGUAAAGAAGCAUCGUUUGAUAUGAUAGUUGUGGCAGCUGGUAUUAAACCACGUGAUGAUGUUGUAAAAGGUUCAAACAUAAUUUCUCAUCCUAGAGGUGGCAUCUUAAUCGAUGACAAACUGCAAACAAAUGAUCCACACGUAUUUGCCAUUGGUGAAGUUGCAUUGCAUGCAGGAAUGAUUUACGGAUUGGUGGCACCUGGUUAUGAAAUGGCCGAAGUCUUGGCAAAGAAUUUAUGCUUCGAAUCCUCAAAUAUCUUAUUCAAAGGUGGUGAUUUAUCCUCCAAGCUUAAGUUGUUGGGUGUAAAUGUUGCAAGUUUUGGUAAUUAUUUUGCUAGCAGUGAUGUGGCAAAUGGGUUGGUGUAUACGGAUCCAUUUGGGGCUAUUUACAAAAAAUAUAUGUUUUCAAAAGAUGGUAAACAUUUGUUGGGUGGUAUUAUGGUUGGUGAUACAAAUGAUUAUACCAAACUCCACGCGCUCUGUAAAUCAAAAAAACCCCUAACCGUUGAGCCAGGUGAAUUGAUUCUCGGUGUGAAAGGCUCUUCAGCUGAAUCGAUCGAUGAUUUACCUGACGAGGCACAAGUUUGUUCAUGCAACAACGUUUCAAAAGGUCAAAUUCGUGAUGCUAUCACUAAAGAGAACGGGUGUCGCUCAGUUGGUGAAAUCAAAUCAUGCACAAAAGCUGGUACAGGUUGUGGUGGUUGUAUGCCACUGGUGACUGAGAUCUUCCAGGCACAAAUGAAAUCAAUGGGUGAAACAGUCAAGCAAUCCUUAUGUCCACAUUUCUCCCAGACAAGAGUCGAAAUAUUCCAAAUCAUAAAAAUUAAAAAAUUAAAAACGUUCAAGGAAAUCAUUGAAAAGAUUGGCAAGAAAGGUUCAAUGGGAUGUGAAGUUUGUAAACCAGCCAUUGCUUCCAUUCUAGCCAGUUUAUGGAACGAUCAUAUUCUUGAUCAUGCAAAUCUUCAAGAUACAAAUGAUAAAUUUUUGGCCAAUAUUCAACGUGGUGGUAGUUAUUCAAUUGUUCCUCGUGUGCCUGGUGGUGAAAUAACACCGGAGAAGAUCAUUGCAAUGGGUGAAAUUGCCAAGAAAUACGGCCUGUACACCAAAAUCACCGGUGGUCAACGUAUCGAUAUGUUUGGUUGUACUAGAGAAAACUUGCCUUACGUGUGGGAAGAUCUUGUCAAUGCAGGUUUUGAAUCUGGUCAUGCCUAUGGCAAAGCAUUGAGAACCGUGAAGUCAUGUGUUGGUUCGACAUGGUGUAGGUAUGGAAUUGGUGAUUCGGUUGGAUUUGCUAUACGUAUUGAGAAUAGAUAUCGUGGUAUCAGAUCGCCGCAUAAAUUGAAAGGUGGUGUUUCCGGUUGUAUAAGAGAAUGUGCCGAAGCUCAAGGAAAAGAUUUUGGGUUGAUUGCAACUGAUAAAGGUUUUAAUGUCUAUGUUUGUGGUAAUGGUGGUGCUAAACCUAAACAUGCUGUUUUAUUGGCUAAAGAUGUACCUGAAGAAUUAUGUAUAAAGUACUUGGAUAGAUUUUUAAUGUAUUAUAUUCAUACUGCUGAUAGAUUAACACGUACUGCUAGAUGGCUUGAAAAAAUGGAAGGCGGAAUUGAUUAUUUACGUAAAGUAGUUAUUAAUGAUCAUCUUGGAAUAUGUGAAGAAUUGGAAAAAGAUAUGGAAAGACUUAUCAACACAUAUCAAUGUGAAUGGGCACAAGUAGUCAAAGAUCCAAAGCGUCGUAGCGAAUUUAGGCAGUUUGUUAACACGGAGGAUACGCAAGCUUCAAUUGAAAUAAUCACAGAACGUGGACAAAAAAGACCAGCGGAUUGGCCAAAAGAUGUAUCAGUAUUACAACCAUCAAUGAGUAAUGGCAACAACGAUGUCGUAAGCAAUGGUAAAAGUGAAUUAACUGGAAAAUCUUGGGUAAAAAUUGCACCAAUUGAUUUAUUCCCAGAUAAUUCCGGUAAAGUUAUAAAAUAUGGUGACACUCAAAUUGCAAUAUUCAAUUCACACGAUAAAACCCAAUGGUACGCGACACAAAACAUGUGUCCGCACAAAAGAGCUUUCGUGUUAGCGGAUGGAAUACUUGGUGAUGAUGAAAACGGGGUUGUUAAAGUUAGUUGUCCAAUGCACAAGAAAAACUUCUCGUUGGAAAGUGGUGAAUGUUUGUCAGGUUGUGAAAGUGUUGGCUGUGGCGAUAAAAAAUUAGAUUGGUAG